AUGAAUGUGAGAAUUGAUAAUGUACCAGAAGUUGACCCAGUACAAUUCCAGACCAUUCAGCAAGAUCGAGACUUUACUGAUUACUUUAAAGUGUUUUUUAGUGACGAAAUGAAAGAUAUUAUUAUUGAAUCAACUAAUUUGGCUGGGAAGGUUUUAUAUGAAGAGAGAUGGAAAGACCUAAAUGUAAUCGAAUUAAAUUCAUUCAUUGGGUUUUUGUUAUAUAUGGGGGUUGUCCACGAUUCAAAAAAGAGUCUCAAUUAUCUUUACAACCGAAUUGAUGGAAACAAAUUUUACAGAGCGAUAAUGUCAAAAACAAGAUUCUUGCAGAUCGUGAAUUCUUUGAGGUUUGAUAAGUUUGCAGGGGAAAGAAUAAAAAAAGAAAGAAAGAAAAAAGCAAUGGAAGUUGAUAAAGUGUAUACAAAAAAGUGGAAAAGAAGAAUGAGAAGAAAAGUUAUGGAGAUUACACAUAUAUCAGAACUGCAAGAUGAAGUAUUGAAUGAAAAGUUGAUAACAAACACUCAACAAUGGGUUGAUAUUGUAAAAGCAACACAAAACUCAGAAAGUGACUCUUCAAGUGAAGAAAUUGAAAAAGAAGACGAAAAUUUGGUUUUGGAGGACGAAGAUGAAAAUGUCAACGAGGAAAGUGGUCUUUUAGAUGAAGAGUCUUGUGUAUUUGAUAACAAGCACUAUUUUUUGUGA